CUCCCUCUCUCACACCUGUUCCUCCAAUGUCUGUAUAAUAAAUAGUGUUCAGCAUUGUGGUUAUACUUCCCACAGCUGUAACCACAGCAAAUUCUCUACAACGAUGCUCCCCACUUCGUCUCUGUCUGCAGCAGUAUGUCGUGCUCGGUGUGGGAGCAGCUCCCUUGUCUACUUCCCCUCAAUAUGACCAGUCAUUUCCCUGAAGCUGCAUGGUGUUAACUUCCUGUCUGCACAAUAUUCGCUCUUGAGAAGAUAAAUAAAUUAAAAAAGAGAAAAAAUUAAGUUCCAGGGAAGAGGGAGCAAGACAGAAAGACAUACAGAGAGAAAGGGAGAAAGAAAAGGGGAGAAUGAGAGGAAGAGAGAGAAGGAGUGACAAAGAGAGAAAGGGGAAACAGAGAGAGAGAGAGAGAGAGAGAGAGAGAGAGAGAGAGAGAGAGAGGGGGGAGGAUAGAGUGAAAUGUUCUGCGAUUGAAGGAGAGUGAGAAUGAGAGAGACUAGAAGAGGAAACCUUUUUGACUGCCAGUAUUUUGUGGACCAGUCAGGAUACACCAUCUAACAGAUUACCGGUGUCCCCUGAAGGAGCAGGAGGCAAAAAGCAUGGAGGUGGAGGGGUGAGUAAGAAAACAAGAGGCUACAGACAAAAUGGCUACAGUCUCCACUGGUUCUGAAUUUGGUACCGGUAAGUGAGUUUACUUCUGGAGUCUCUGCUCCUCUAUGUUUCGCUACAGAUAUUCAUCUGCACUCUUCCAUGGACAAUCCCAACGGCAGCUACUGUCAGUUAUAGCUCUCUCUUCUCUGGCCAUCUGGCAACAUAGACAUUAAAACAGGACAAUAUCUAUCACUCACUACCUUCCUGCCUUGGAGAGCUCAAAUGGAGAGUCCAAACAUCUGCCAGUCGUUGUCAUCUCCGACAGUUGAACCUAUCUGUCAUCUCCCGGAGCGUAGGCUUCUGUUGCUGGGGGGACCAGGAGCUGGGAAGAGCACCACAGGGAAUGCCAUCCUAGGUGAGGAGGUCUUCCAGACUGGGACAGAGACUGUCCACAGCACCGUUGGCCACGGGGGGGUCUGCAGGAGGCGUAUCACUGUGGUUGACACCCCAGGCUGGAUUAUACCCCAUGACUCAGAGGAUGAUAACACCGGGGCCCCGCCAGAGCGGGCUAGCAAGGAGGGACCUUGUGUUGGUGCCACCCUCUGUCCCCCAGGGCCCCACGCGCUCCUGCUGGUGGUCCCCGUGUCACAGCCCUUCACAGAGGGCCACAGGAAGGCAGCAGAGAAGCAGCUAGGUCAUCUAGGAGGAGGGGCCUGGAGGUCCACCAUGGUGCUCUUCACUGGGGUCGACAAGCUACCUGAGGGGACGUUCGUAGAGGAGUUUAUUGCAGCUGGGGAGCCCCUUCAGUGGCUGGUGGAGAGGUGUGGUAACAGAUACCAUGGCCUGGAUAGUAACACACACCAGAGUGGGGAUGACAGCACGGUGAACACACAAGUUCAGGAGCUGCUGGAGAAGGUAGAGGAGCAGGUUAAGGAAAACCAUGGCUGGUAUUUUGCAGUAAACGAACUGAUUCUGCUAGAGGAGGAGCAGGCAAGGAAGGCGGUGGAAGAGAGGCGGGUGAGAGAGGAGCGGGAGGAAAGGGAGAGGCAGAGACUGCGGAUGGUCGGAGGGCCUCCCAGAGAGCUGAGGGUCCUCUUGUUGGGCUGGAAAGGAGUGGGAAAAAGUUCUGUAGGGAACACCAUCCUGGGCCGGCGGGACUUUGAGUCUGGAACAGAGACGGAGCAGAGCCUUAGGAGGCAGGCUGAGGUGGCCGGACGCAGGGUCACUAUCGUUGACACCCCUGGCUGGGACUGGUUCUCCGUCAGACGCACCCCCAAACACGUCAGACAGGAGUCGAAGCGAGGUGCCACCCUCCUCCGGCCUGGCCCCCACACCCUUCUCCUGGUGCUGCCCAUCAUCUCUACCCUCACUUCACGCAAGAGGCGGACCUUGGAGGCCCAUCUGGAGGGCCUGUUUGGUGAUAGGGCGUGUCUCCACACCAUGGUGCUGUUCAGCUGCGGGGAUUGGCUAGGCCGAACGCCCGUCGAGGAGCACAUUCAGAGGGGAGGGCGGGAGCUCCACAGGUUGUUGGAAUACUGUGGGAACUAUUAUCACGUGGUGGACAGCAAGAUGCCGGGGAAGGACACAAGGAACAUCUCAGAUCUGCUGGACAAAAUAGAGGAAAUGAUCAGAGAGAAUGGUGAUGAGGCCUUCUUGCCAAUACAGAUGGAUGAAGAAAGCCCUGAGUCAUCUGAGAACAACAGCCCUGAAGAGGACUGUAGCAGAGGAUGCCAGCUCCAGUAGUGACAAGGGAGAGAGUAGCCAAGAGCACAUGCUUACACACUGUAAGGUGGACACACUCUCACACCCCAAGCCAAAACAUUCACAUUUCAAAGUGGCCUGGUGUAGAAUUACACUGGAAAUUAAAUGAAAUAACACACAAUGCCUUCAGAAAGUAUUCACACCCCUUGACUUUUUCAAGGGGUGUGAAUACAUUCUGAAGGGACUGUACAUGUAUUCAAAGUAGUUGGGUCAUUCUUGAAUUGCUGUGGCAUUUGCGUCCCUUGCCUUUGCAACCAUGAAAAACGCUUUAAAUGGACAAAUAAUUGCACAUCAUUCAUGUUUUUGUUUAUAUUGAACUGUUUCUCAAUGAUAAAACAUAAUGCAAGUCCUUUAUACUGCAAAACUGCAUGCAGUACUUAAUGCAAGCACAUUGUACUGACAUAUUUUGGGCAUUAAGAGAUAUCUAUCUAUUAUUUUGAAUGCUAGAAAGUGACAAAAUAUUGUAUAGUUCAAUGAAAACAAAUAAAGGCUAUCAACAGCCAAGAACAAAAAUGUAUAUAAUAAAAAUAUAUAUUUACCAAACAAUAUAUGGGGGAUUGGAAAUGAUGCUUAUAAUUACAUUGAUAGAAGUCACAAUCUCUCUGCAAUAUUAAAGCUGAUCUCAAUACUCAUUACAAAAAAUAUACAAGGCAACAGUAAACAUAUCGUCCCCCACGAAUGAUGCAGCCUUGGGCCAAUUAAUAACAACAAUUCAAACAAGGGUGACACUUUAUUUGAAGGUACACAUAUGAGCCACUAAUUUCUAGUUUAUAAGUAUGUAUAUAAGUAGCUUAUUAGGCCUUUAUUAUGUGUUAUUAGCCAUAUAUUAUGCCUUAAAUAAGUUAUUUGUUAUUCAAACAUAAGGCAUGUAAUAAUAACCUCAUUAUUAGCUAUAAUAAAGUCAUAUUUAUUGUUAAUAAAUAUCAAGUUACACAAGAAACUAUCUCAAGCUGGAACUAAUAAGGGCAUAGCACCUCAAUACGUGUUCCCUAUUCUGAAGUGUGACUAUGUUUUUACUUGCUGAUUUUUUUUCUCGUUAAUGACCUCAUUGGACAGAAAGGGGCACACCUCCCUCAUAUAUACCAUAUACAGCCAACAUUCAAGAUACAUUUUUAUGUAAUCAAUUAGCAACUAAACCAUAUAUAAUUCCAUACGUUGGCCGUUUGGCAUAUAAUGUGGCAUACUUACUAUGACUAUGAUAUGGGGUUGCCUCACCUGAUGUGGUUGCCUCAAUUGAAAUGUAAAUGAAGGGCAAUUAUAUUGUGAGCAAAAUUAUUCGUCAUAUCACUUUAGUAAAUUAUUUUUAAAGGGUUAAAGACUUAAUAUUUGACCUUCUAUGGCCUCCAUUUAAGAAAAUCCUAAUUUACCUAAAAUGUGUCAUUGGUGUUACCAUCAUUGGUGAUACUACUCCUACUGUGGCACAAUUCUAUCAUAACGGUAGAAAUUAUUUAAAGUCAUUAAGCUGCCCUUUUAGUUGAGUUUGAAAUGGGAAGAUGUACCCAAAUACAUUUAAAUAUUUAAAAUCUAGAGAAUGGACGUUUCCAAAAUCCCCAAAUGCCACUGCAAUUCAAGAGCGACCCAGUUGUCAUUGUUUCCCUCAAGAAGUUAUGGUAAUUGAAAAUGCAACUACGCAUUAUGAAUACAUUGUCUUAUAAAUGCAUGUGUGGUGAGGAUCCUAAAGAUAAAUGGCACUCUUAAAAUAAUCACAUCAAUCUUAUCAUUUUAUCAGGCUUUGGUUUGUAUCGUCAGAACAAUACUAAACUGGAAUGUAGUAAUGGAUGUUCUGUAACAGCACUGCCGUGUAUUAUUGAAAUCUAACAUUAUAUUUUUAUUUUAAAUAUGGCAACUCUGACACUUAUAAAUGCUUUACUGACUGUUUUAUCUAGUAGUGCAUUGCAGUACACAUAUUUAAAAAUACAUGCACAUGAUGUUAUGUGAAUGUUCAAUUGCACUGAAAUUCAUGGAAACAUGUACAUUAAAGCAUUUUGCACUGUA